GCGCACUUGCAGCAGCAGUCCAGCCGCCUACUUGCCACGCCCCUGUUGCCAGGAAACUGUUUCGUUGUUGUGACAUUUUGGCAACAUAAAACGCAAUGGCGCCAAAGAUGACGCCAUUCUCGCAGCUCGACAAAAUGGCGACGAGGACGACGACGACGACGACGGAAAUUCGCUGGCUCUGCCGAUUGCUGCUGCUGGGGGCUUGCAUUGGCGCCGCCAUAGCUCGAGACAUUCCAUCUUCGUCAGCCCGUGGACGCAGUGCCCCCGACGAUGUUGCCUUCUAUUGCCCGGAGGAGGGCCUCUUUCCCGAUGACUACGACUGCCGCAUCUACUACCGCUGCGAGAAGCGUUCCGAGCAUUACAUCAAACCGUACAUGUUCGCCUGCAAGGAGGGCACGGUCUUCUCGCGCACCCUCCAACUGUGUCUGCCUCCGAUGCUGGCCGGACGCGGGGAGUGCGAGCCGUACAUGAACGAAAUCGAUGUCGGCGAGGAGGCUGACAGCCAGCUGCCGUUUGAUGGGCUCGUCAAUAACCAGAAUGGACAUAAUGCGAUGCUUAAUAGCGCCGUAACACCCGCCGCCGCCUUGCAGCUGCACACCUAUGCGACUGCAAAUCAGUUGCCCACAAAUUAUGGACUGACAGGCCUGAGUGGUGUUUCAGUCAUAUCCUUUUCGAGCUCAUCAUCUUUGCGCUCGGCCGCUGAGGAGGGGGGAGUGUCGUGCGAGGAUGAUGGAUUUAUGAGUGAUCCCAUUGACUGCACCGUGUUCUAUCGCUGCAUCUCCAAUGGACGCGGCUAUAAUAAAAUUGGCUUUCGCUGUUCGGACGGAACUGCCUGGGAUGAGUCUCUGCAGUCCUGCAACCAUAUAGUCAAAGUUCGUGCCAAUGGCGGCUGCCGCAACCAGGCCGAUCCUCUCAGCGAUGAGCAAACUUCGACACAGUCCUCCCAAUCGAGCUAUCAGAAUACCACCUCAUCGUCAUCUUCGUCCAGCAGUCAACAAAGCUCCUCGACGAGCUCCUCAAUGUCUUCCUCGUCCAAUAGCUCGAGCUCAUCCAACAAUUCCUCGAAUCAAUCGAGCUCAAGCUCCAACCAGGAGUCAUCCACAUCGAGCAGCAACCAACAAUCGUCGAACAGCAAUCAGUCUUCCAGCAGCACAGAAAGUUGGAGCAGUAGCACUCAACAGUCCAGCUCGGGUUCUUCGAAUCAAAACUCUGGCAGCAACCAAUCGUCCAGUAAUAACCAAAACUCUGGCAACAACCAGUCUUCAAGCGGCAACCAGAACGCCAACAACAGUCAAAAUGCCAGCAGCCAAAGCUCCAACAAUAACGAAAAUCAAAGCUCCAGCAGUAACCAGUCUGCCAGCAACAACCAGAGCAACCAGAGCAACCAGAGCUCAUCGAACAAUCAGUCGAGCAGUGGCUCCAGCAACCAAUCCAAUCAGACAAACACGCCUGCACCAAGCGAAUGCGAGGACGAGAACACCUAUAUACCCGAUCAAAAGGAUUGCGCCAAGUUCUACAGAUGUCGCAAGGAUAUUGAUGGUAAUCUAGAAGUGGUGCCAUUUACAUGUGGUCCUGGCACUGUUUGGGGUCAAGAGGAGAAGGUCUGCGUUCUGCCUAGCGAAGAUCAGAAGAAACAAUGCAACAUACAAUCUGGCUCCUCCAGCAGCGGGAAUAGUCAAGCUGGCAACAGCACAUCCAGCCAGCAAUCCAACGGAAACAAUCAAUCAAGCAGCUCUAGUUCCGGCUCAAACAACAGUAAUAACAACAAUCAAUCUAGCAACCAGCAAGGAUCAUCGUCAAGCAGCAGUCAGCAAGGCUCGUCGAGCAGCAAUCAAGGCUCAUCUUCAUCGUCAAACUCCAGCAAUCAGUCCUCUAAUCAGAGCAGCAAUCAAAGCUCUUCAUCUUCUUCAAACUCUGGCAACCAAUCGUCCACAUCCAACUCGAGCUCUUCAAACUCGACAACAAGUAAACCUUCAAAUCCUGACGGACAGUGCGAGCACUCCGAAACAUAUUUACCUGACAAAAAGGACUGUGCGCGCUUCUAUCGCUGCGUCGACAAUGGAAAUGGUGGAUUUGAUAAGAUUGCUUUCGAUUGUGCACCGGGCACUGUUUGGGAUCCCGAAUCAAAGGGCUGCAACCAUCCAACUGAUGUACAGAAGGAAGAAUGCAAAGCUAUGGCAAGUGGUACAGGAAGUGCAACAAAUCAAGGCUCGUCUUCCAAUCAGGGAUCGUCGUCCAAUCAAGGAUCAUCUUCUAAUCAAAGUUCCUCAUCAAAUCAAAGCUCCUCAUCGAAUCAAGGAUCUUCAUCCAAUCAAGGCUCGUCUUCCAAUCAAGGAUCGUCGUCUAAUCAAGGAUCAUCUUCCAAUCAAAGCUCGUCAUCAAAUCAAAGCUCCUCGUCGAAUCAAGGAUCUUCAUCCAAUCAAGGAUCAUCCUCCAACCAAGGAUCAUCCUCUAAUCAAGGCUCUUCAUCCAAUCAAGGAUCGUCAUCUAAUCAGGGAUCAUCAUCCAACCAAGGAUCGUCUUCUAAUCAAGGAUCUUCAUCAAGUCAAAGCUCAUCUUCUAAUCAGGGAUCAUCCUCCAAUGAAGGAUCAUCCUCUAAUCAAGGCUCUUCAUCCAAUCAAGGAUCGUCAUCUAAUCAGGGAUCAUCAUCCAACCAAGGAUCGUCUUCUAAUCAAGGAUCUUCAUCAAGUCAAAGCUCAUCUUCUAAUCAGGGAUCAUCCUCCAAUCAAGGAUCAUCAUCUAAUCAGGGCUCUUCAUCCAAUCAAGGUUCUUCCUCUAAUCAGGGAUCAUCAUCCAACCAAGAAUCAUCUUCUAAUCAGGGAUCUUCAUCAAAUCAAAGCUCAUCUUCUAAUCAGGGAUCAUCUUCCAAUCAAGGAUCAUCUUCCAAUCAAGGAUCAUCCUCGAAUCAGGGUUCUUCCUCUAAUCAAGGAUCGUCUUCUAAUCAAGGAUCUUCAUCAAAUCAAGGAUCGUCCACCAAUCAAGGAUCUUCAUCAAAUCAAGGAUCAUCUUCCAAUCAAGGCUCCUCCUCUAAUCAAGGCCCGUCAUCGAAUCAAGGCUCUUCAUCCAACCAAGGCUCAUCUUCAAAUCAGGGAUCAUCCUCGAAUCAAGGCUCAUCUUCUAAUCAGGGAUCAUCCUCAAAUCAAUCCUCUAACCAAGGAUCAUCUUCUAAUCAAGGCUCCUCCUCUAAUCAAGAAUCGUCUUCGAAUCAAGGAUCAUCCAACCAGGAACCAACCACAACAACAACGCAGAAACCAUUCAAGCCAGCAGAGAAAUGUGAGAGUGAGGAAACCUUCUUAGACGACAAGGAAAACUGUUCGAAAUUCUAUCGAUGCGUUGACAACGGAAAGGGCGGAUUUAUGAAAGUAUCAUUUACUUGCCCAUCGAAUACCCUUUGGCAUCCCGAGGCCAACAGCUGCAACCAUCCAUCGCAGAUUGACAUGCAGAGCCUUAAAUGCAAGCGGGUCAUCAAUAGCAGCAAUAACCAAUCCUCUACAUCAUCGUCUUCAAGCAGCAGCUCCACAGAGCAAACGACAUCUACAAGCUCUCAAUCUAGCAACAAUAUCAGCUCUACAACAUCUAGCUCAAGUAGCUCUAGCUCAAGUAGCUCUAGCUCCACCCCGUCGCCAAAGCCCUCUGGUACUUGUAAUGUUAAUGGUCAAUUUCUAGGCGAUGAUGAAGACUGUGCCAAGUUCUAUCGCUGUGUGGACAACGAUAGAGGUGGUUUCUAUACGGUGGCCUUUUCGUGCCCGCCCGGAACUGUGUGGGACGCCCAGAUCGAAGCUUGUAAUCAUGCCUGGGCCGUCAAAGAUAAAAAUUGUGGCAGUAGCGUCAGCACUCAACGGCCAAUCCCACCCACUACACCUAAUCAGGGCUCAUCGCAAUCCCCAAGCACACCAAAACCCUCCACUGUAAAGCCCACAACACAAAAACCAACCCAAAGACCAACACAACAACCGAUCACUACAACGGCGAAACCCUCAACCCAAAAACCAACUACCGAAAGGCCGGUUACGCAAAAGCCAACGAGCCCAACUACUAAUGUGAAGUGUACAUCUGAGGGCUUCAUUGGUGAUCCAGACAAUUGUGCGAAAUUCUAUCGUUGCAUCAGCAAUGGUAAGGGCGGCUUUAGCCAGGUGGCUUUCCAUUGUGCGGCGGGCACAGUUUGGGACCAGGACCUACAAACCUGCAAUCACGACUUGAAUAUGUGCAAUCCAAAGCCAGAAGAUGGCCCUGGCAAUGCUACAACUGAGUCCGAUAAGGGUCCAUGUGACAAUACCACUGAGGGUCCGACAACUAUUUCGCCUACCACCACGGAGCCAACUACGACAAAUCGUCCAACUGAGCCAGCCACAGAAUCAACAACGGAUAGGCAGACCACAACCAACCAACCUACAACCAACCAGCCCACAAGUACUCCAGCUGAGCCAACAACAACAUAUCAACCUCCAACGACACUAUGGACUACGACAACACCCAGACCAACCUCAACUGAAAGUCAGCCCACGACAUCGUGGAGCACUCCCACGCAAUCGCCAACCACAACGAUGGUGCCCGAAACUACAACCAUGGUGCCCAAUUUGCCACCUGGCACCGAGUGUAAGGGCGAAGGCUUCAUGCCUGAUCCUAACAAUUGCCGAAAGUUUUACAGGUGUCAGAAAACAGGAGACUCCUACACGAAGCAUGAAUUUAUGUGCGCCAAGAAUACGGGCUGGAAUGCAGAUAUCCAAACCUGUGAUCAUGCGCAGAAUGUCCCUGGCUGUUCAGGCCAAACUGAAGCUCCAACAACAACAAAUCCAACCGUGACAACUACCGAAAUUACUACUUCAGAUCGACCAACGAAACCUACAACAGAACCACCAACGAAGCCAACAACAGAGCCACCAACAAAACCAACAACAGAACCACCAACAAAGCCAACAACAGAACCAACAGAACCACCAACAAAGCCAACAACAGAACCACCAACAGAAUCGCCAACAAAGCCAACAACAGAGCCACCAACGAAGCCAACAACGGAAAUAGUUACGAAACCAACAGAUUCUCCAACGAAACCGACUGGACCCCCAACAAAGCCCACUGAUUACACGGAGAAGCCAACGGAUAUCCCAACAAAGCCCACCGAUUAUCCAACCACAGAAACGUAUCCAGAAACAACUGGAUCAGUGCCAGGCUAUCCUCCAACUACUACUCAGGCUCCGCCAGUGAACUUUACGUGUCCAGCUGAAGGCUUCCACGCUGAUCCAGAGGACUGCAGCAUUUACUAUCGCUGCACCAAGAACAAGAAUACCUAUCAAGUAUAUAAGUUCCGUUGUCCGAAGGGCACGGUCUGGGACACAUCUCUGGACACAUGUAACUACGCCGAUCAGGUGUCCGGCAAUUGCUCUUCAGGCAGCACGACUUCAACAACAAAACCGACUGAAAUAACAACACCAUGGACUGAAAUGACAACCACCACCAUGGUGCCAGAGACAACAAGUAAGCCAGAGACCACCACCAGCUCAGACAGCACCACAACUACAAGUAAGCCAAUGGACACAACUACAAAUAAACCGGAGGACACAACUACAUCUAAGCCAGUGGAUACAACAACCACUAAGCCAACGGACACAACUACAACUAAGCCAAUGGAUACUACAAAUAAGCCGGAGGAUACAACUACAACUAAGCCAGUGGAUACAACAACCACUAAGCCAACGGAUACAACUACUACAAGUAGGCCAAUGGAGACAACCACAGAACAGCAAGAGAAACCAAAGCCUGAGGUAUCCAACAAUUCAAGUGCUCCCUGCCCAACAACCACUGAGGAGCAAAGUUUGUUUGUCUGCCCGUCCGGCUUCCGUCGACACUCCAAGCAAUGCGGCGUAUUCUACCAGUGCAAUGAGAACUCUGACUCGAAUCUGAAUAUUGUAUUGUUCCAAUGUCCCAAUGGUACCGUCUAUCAGGAGGCAUCAUGUCGCUGCGGCAAGCCAGAACCCAAUGACACCUGUUACAACAAGGGAUCGUCACGUACACAGCUGUUUGAUGAGGCCGUGGAACCACUAAACAUGGUGCCAAUUCAUUCGACAGAGCCUCUUUGUCCGGAGGAGGGACACUUUGCACUGAACCAGGAUGAAUGCAGCCAAGUCUUCGUGAAGUGCGGCUACUCGCAGCAAACAGGCCACAUCGAGGGACAGAUAUAUCGCUGUCCCCAAGGCUUCGCCUAUUGGAAUGUGAGCCGUCGCUGCGAGCCAGCUAAAAAGCUAAACAGCUGCAAUCCAGCCUCAUACAACGUGGGCAACAGUGUGCCUCUGGAGUGGGUCAACAUCGGCCACAGACGUCGCAAUCUGCCCAUCUAAAACAUAUACAUUUUAAUAAAUCGAUAGCAUUAAUGUAGAAAUUGUAAAAGGCAAUCGCAAUUGUUUGCUCCGCACGCUCCCCGAUCCGAGGCAGCCUGCGCAGCAAAUGACGUGCCAAAAGACUAGCUUAGGUUUUAGUGCAAUACCAAUAAGUCUCACAAGGGUUAACAAUAACAUUUUCUGGUGAUGGUGCAAUUUGAAUGACAUAAAAUAAUUUUUUUGAUUUCCUGUAAGAGUUGCAUUGGCACAGCC